AUGUUAUCUUUAUUAUUAUAAAAUAAAAGUUUUUUAUGCUGUUCUUUCUGUACAGUGACAUUCUGUGAAAAUGAUAUCAAUUCUUCUUUCAAGACUUGUUCUUCUUGUCUUUGGAACAUUAUAUCCUGCUUAUGCAUCAUACAAAACUGUAAAGACAAAAAAUGUUAAAGAUUAUGUUAAAUGGAUGAUGUACUGGGUAGUGUUUGCUAUGUAUAAAUUUAUAGAAAUAUUUGCUGAUAUUUUUAUUGCUUUCUGGUUUCCAUUCUAUUACGAGUUAAAAAUAAUGUUCGUUCUUUGGCUUAUAUGUCCUGCAACAAGAGGAUCUUCGUAUAUUUUCCGAAAGUUGAUUAAUCCACAUUUGAGUAAACAUGAGAAGGUUAUUGAUUCCUAUUUAAAUUCUCUAUGGGAUCAUGGGUAUGAUUUCAUAAGGAAAUUAGGAGCUCAAGGAAUGGAUUAUUUCAUUGAACUCUUAUCAGAAUUUUUACGUAAGGGACAUAUUACUGCAUUAAAUCUUUUGCCAAAGGUGACAGAACCAGUUGAAGAACAUAAUAAGGAAACAGUACAAACUGAAAAAACUAUAGAAGAGAAGACUGCGGGUGCAGAUAUUUUUCAUGAUGAAGAAUUUGAUAUAUUAACAUUAGAGAAUUCCGAGCUAUGUGAAGACAUGUCUUCUAAUUUAUCUGUGAAGGACUCAGAAGAUUCCGAGUCUGAAUCUGAAGAAUUUAAAUCUGUGAAAAGCCGGCCACUGAAACUACGCACAAGAAGUCAAGUAAAGGCUUCAACUGCAAGAGGAAGAGGAAGAGGAAGAUCAAAAUGAAAAAUACACCACUUUUAAAUUUCUGCUUUAGGACUGUUUCUUUUUUAUAUUGAAGUAUAUUUUUUAAAAAUGAAUUUCUAUGUCAUGUCUGUUAUAUGAACUAAUUCUCAUAGCUAAGAACAGUUUCUUGAAACAGUAAAUAUUUAUGUGUUGACUAGAUUUAAAUUUUAUUGCCUUUAGUUAUCAAGUUUUUAAGUUCUUUUGAUUGAAUAUUUCCUUUGUUAUGUUAUAAGAUUCAAGAAAUUUAUGUUUGUUUCUAGUUUUAAUUCCUAAAAAGCAAGCUAGUUAUUUUCAAAUAACAACUUCAGCUGUUUUUGCAUUCGAAACCCCCUAUAAUAUAUUGGGAAGGAACAUUUGAAAAAAUUACUAUAUUCUACUUGUUUUCAAAUGACAAAAGCUAUUUUGAUACUUAUUAUGCUUUUGCUAUAGCAUGUCUUCGAUUGUUCUAUAAUUUUCUGUUUCGCAGUGUAAUGUUGUCUAUUUUUGUAUAUUGCAUUUCACUUUGCUAUUUUGAACCUUCUUUGUGUAGUUAGCAACAUAUAUAUUUAGCUAAUAUUCAUGCUCUUUAAGAAUACUCAUCUUUCACUCAUCCCCUUAUAUUUUCUAGAU